AGUUUCUAAAGGUCGAUAAAGGUAUAGAAUAAGAAAGGAAAAAAAAAUAUCUGCAAAAACUGAGCAAAUAUUUGAGGGAAAUCAAAAAAAUUUUUGAAGGAAAUGAACAAUUUUAACCGACGGAAACUUGGAAUAAUAAUCAAUAAAAUUCGUUUUUUGGAGAAAAAUUUAAAAUUGUUUUUAUUGUUAUAACUGAUAUAUAAAAUUUCUUGAAAUAAAAAUGCAAUGAAUGAAAAUUACGAUUUUUAUCAUCAUCAUCAUCAUCAAUAUAAAAAUGAAACAACAACAUCUAGUGUACAAUUGAGACUGUUAAUAAAAAAUAUAAGCAAAAUGUAUCGUGUAAAAAAUUAUACGGAAAUAUUUCGUAAAUUUAACAUAACUGAUGAGGAUAUUGACUAUAUAAGCAAUAUGGGUUAUCCAAAUGAGACAAAUGAUGAUGAUGAGAUGAGUGUGACAACAACAACGCAAACAGAUUGUUAUUGUAGUGGUGUUGCAAGAGAUUUAGCAAUAUCAUAUAAAGCUUAUCAUGGCUAUGUGGCACUUGUGGUUUGUGUAUUUGGUACAGUGGCAAAUAUUUUGAACAUUAUGGUACUGACCCGAAAAGAUAUGGUUGUUGCACCAAUCAACAGAAUACUAACGGGUCUUGCCAGUGCAGAUAUGCUUGUAAUGGUUGAAUAUAUACCAUUUGCAAUUUAUGUUUAUCUUGUUUUGCCGGAGAAUAAAAUUUUUCCUUAUGGCUGGGCAGUAUUUGUAUUAUUUCAUAUGCAUUUCUCACAUGUUUUACAUACAAUCAGUAUUGCUCUUACUCUCACAUUGGCUGUCUGGAGAUAUAUUGCCAUUCGAUUCCCACAAUAUAAUCACUGUUGGUGCACAGCUGCUCGAUGUCGUUUGGCACUCUGGUGUAGUUUUUUGGUUCCUAUUAUUGUCUGUUCUCCAGCUUAUCUAAUUUUUGGAAUAAGAAGGCAACGUGAACAAGGAACAAAAGAAAUUCUUUAUCAUGUCGAUGCAAAUUAUUCCGGUGGUAGAAAUGGAUUUCUCUAUCAAUUAAAUUUCUGGGUGAUUAGUGUAUUUGUCAAACUUUUGCCUUGUGUUAUAAUGACCAUUAUCAGUUGUUGGUUGGUAAAAGCUCUCUACAGGGCAAAGGGCAGAAAGCAAGUCUUGAGAGGCUACAGUCCAUGUGCAGCAACGAAUGGUAUUUCUUCGCGUAGGGCAAGUAAAUCGGAAAGAAGAGCUGACAGAACGACAAAAAUGUUGGUCGCUGUUCUUUUAUUAUUUUUAGUUACUGAAAUUCCCCAAGGUAUUCUUGGACUUUUGUCUAGUGUAUUAGGCGAUUGUUUCUUUAGAAAUUGUUAUCAUAAUUUUGGUGAAAUAAUGGAUAUACUCGCUCUUAUUAAUGGUGCAAUUAAUUUUAUUUUAUAUUGUUCAAUGUCACGACAAUUUCGUACAACAUUCGGUCAACUUUUUAAACCACGAAUUAUUAAAAAAUGGCAUCCAACAUCACAACAAACGGAAGUUCAUAGUACUUUUGUAUGAAUUUAUUUUAUUUUUUUACACAUUCUCGUGUUUUUUUUUUUAAAUGUUAAAAUUUACUCUGUUUUUUUUCGUAUUGAUAAUAAUUGUAAUAAUUUUAAUUAAUUGAUAAUUAAAAUUAUUAAUUUAAAAUUAAUUUCUAUUAAAAGUGAUAGUUUUUUUUACACGAAGUAAUAAGGAAAAAUAUGUUAAUAUUUUGAAAAAGGUGUGUAAAAAAAAAAAAAUGUUUUCGCUUAACUCUUCGAAAUUAAAAUGUAAGAGAUAAAAUUUCUUGCAACGAAACUUUUUCCUCUUGAAUACAAAUCAUUUGGUAAAUUUUUAUUAUAAUUAUUUUAUUAAUUUUUUUUUUUAUUUUAUUUGCGUUCUUUUUUUAUUAUUUAAAAGAAACUAAUAAAUUAUCGUAUAAUGAAAAAAUAAAAAAAAAAAUGAAAAUAAAUGUCAACAGAUUUAUUAUUAUUGUGACAACUUAGAAAAUUUUCGACAACUUUAAAAGGUGUUUGUCGUAAUGGAGAAGUUUCGGGUACAAGUUUCUAGUGUUAAUAUUUUACUUUCCUCUCUAAAGUCAAACUUGAAAGUUUUAAAACAUCCCCAUCUCUUAGUCUUCAGUUUCUGAAAAUAUUUACUCUUAUUAUAUACUGAUUUCAUAUUGAAGUUAUCUUUAUAAAUUAAAACUAUAAAUUUUCCCUCACUAAUUUUUAUAAUCAAAUUACGAGCAAAAAAAAUGAAAUUUUUUUCCAGAAUUUAUUCACUGUUUUUUUUUUGUUUAGUUUUUAUAAUAUUUUUAUAAUAUAAUUUUGUUAAAGAAGAAUUUUGAAUAUUAGUUUUUAUUCAAUAUCAAUCAAAGAUUGAUAUUUUCUAAAACUCUAAAAGACUUUGGUACUUUAACACACGUUGCCCUUCGGACAAAUUAUAUUGUAAAAGGUAGUGGAUCCCUUCCUUACCUCACUAUUAUUCAGUGAGUUGGUUGAGAUCCCAUAUUAAUCAGAACAAUUGGUUAGGAAUAUUUGAAAUAAAAGAUCAAACAAAUAUUUAAUUAAUUGAAUAUAAAUAUAUAUUGUGUAACAACUCAAAUAAUACAAUAUUACAGUCUUCUGUAAUCUAAUACAAUUUACGUGUGAAUGAAUGUAUGUGUAAUAAUGUUGUGUGUGUGUUAUGUUAAGAGUUUCUGAACUCUUACGUAUAUUUACCUCUGGAAUCUCCUCAGAUUGAUGUCCUUCAAAAUAAUCGACGUAUCUCAAAUCAAGUAUUUAAUUAACUCUUCAAUUUAUUUCAAUUAUCUUAUAUUCUCUUUUUCAAACAAUCUCAAAACUCAAUAUGUACUAUAAACUUUAUUUUCUCAUUUACUAUUUAAUUUUCACUCUCAAUUUCAAAACUAAGUGAUUCUCAAAAACUCAUUUCGUGUAUCCUUUUAAUCAAAUUCAAUAUUAUAUUCUCUUUUUCAAAAUCACAAUUAUUCAAUAUCUCUUUUAAAUACUCUUUAAAAUAAAUAGAUCUUUAUCUCUUUAAAAUACUCAAACUCUAAUACUCUUUAAAUAAUCUCACUUCAAAAAUCACAACUCAAAUAAAAACUCAGUGAUAAACUCAAAACAGGAACAACCUCGAACCAGAGGUUUGUUCUAAAAGUCUCUCAACUCCGAGACUCAAACUCCAACUCAAAACUCUCUAAUAACUCCGAGCUCCACUCUGAGCUCAACCUCCUCUCUCACUCUCAACUCCUAACUCCCUAACUCACUGACACUCCUUGUGUCUACUGGUUUUAUUGAGCUGAUUUUUGGUGGGAAAAAGUAUGUUUUAUUUAGUAAUUUAUUGUUACCAAUGUUCUUUAUUGCAACCUUGCAAUAUUGGGGUAGUAUUCCAGUUCAUUUUGUACUGACAUACGUUGGAUGCAGCAAUCUUUAUUGCGCCAUCCUUUGUUUCUUGAAUUAAUUUAGUUCACUUAGUUUCUCAAUUUUAUCAUGAAUUUUAAAUAGGUCUUCUUUAUAAUUUAGGUUAUUAAUUGAAAGUUAAUAUUUAAUAUAUAAUUAUUUGGACAUCUCUCAGAGAUUCUAAAGGCAUUUCUUGUAAUGUUUAUGAAGUGUUACUUGUUUGUGUUGCAUAAUGUGUCCUCUUUUUCGAGUAUUGUAUUAAUGAAUUAUUAAUAAUGUUAAUAAUUUAUUAAUAAGAAGUUACGAAAUUCAUACGUA